ACCCUCCUCCGCGUGCCUGCCGCAUCAGCGCGAAGGCCACCCUCCUCCCUUCACCAUUUUCAACAAAAGCUUUGAACUCUUUCGCCAGAGUCCGCCUCGGCUCUCUCCACGCUCUUUACCAUCAUCACCCCCAUCUUUUCGUCGAUCGACCGUGUCCUCCGAUGCAAAGGCUCGCCCGGUGAUCCGCAAAACACCAUCGCGCGAGAUCCGCCCAGAUUUCCUACGCGCAAAGAUGGCGUUCGCAUCCAACAAUGCCUCGCAGCCGGCCCGCUCGAUCACCGAAGGCCCUGCUAUCUCAGAGGUAGACACAGAGUUGAUCGGCUUCACGGCCCUUGCCCAAGGAUCAGAAGGUGCAGCCAAGUUGAAGCUCCUUCCAACUCCAUGGCCUAGCGACAACCUGCCUCCCUCUUCCGCCUCUCUUCUUUGUGUUGCCUCCAUGCGUGGUCUUCUAGCUGCAGUCUCUCCGGAUACCCUCACAGUAUCGUCGACCGCAAACGUGCGCAAGGCUUUUCUACAGAAACCCGGCGCGAAGGAUGUCAUUGAAGACUUCAAGCCUGACCUGGUCAUGUCGAUUCCCCAGCCACGUCACGUAGCUUUCUCUGCGGACGAGGAGUACCUCAUACUCUGUCCCGAGAAGGGCGGUUUGCACAUCUACAAUGUGGAUGCUCUCCUCGACGGCAACACAAAACCAGAGCGCCAAAUAGACACCAACAACGACUCUGUGCGCGGAUUGUUUCCCAACCCCGACGCUGAUCUGGCGCAUUAUGCAGCUUUCAUCGGUGAUUCUGGCCGAUUGGAAAUUGCAGACAUAACCACUGGCACAAAGCUUCCUAUCAAGAAUGAUGGCGCGACUUGCGCCUCAUGGAGCGUCAGAGGGAAGGCUUACGCGGUGGGAUACAAAGAUGGCACGGCGGCAGUUUUCUUGGCGACAGAUACACAGAUUGGCACGAUACCCCGUCCGCCUACUGUCGAGGACGGUUGGGCUGUCUCGAACAUCUCAUAUCUUGGAAACGACGACUUCUUCGUCAUCCACUGUCCACUAUCUCCCAGUGACGAUGGCGAACCCGAGGAAGCACAAUACAACUUUGUUCAAACCAAGUUUUUGAAGAAAGAGACGCCAAAAUUUAAAGAUUUCACGUUUCGCCGAUUUGAUUAUGAUGCCAUAUUCCCGCAACAGCUCGACGAUUCGCCAUCACGCCCAGCUCCGACACGGUUCUCAGUCUCCAGACUAAGGAAAUGGGAACCAAUCUUGGAAGAUAUGCUGAUUCUUUCAAGAUCCAAUUCCUCGGAGAUGGUCAUUGUCGCGAAUACUAGUGAUAAGAUAUCACCAGAACAGGAAGUUGUGAAUGAGUACAUGAUGGUCUUGCUGCAGGAUGUCCGAAGACCAAGUGUCCCUCGUCAAUCCCUCGGGGAAGACCUUGAAAGCGCUCCAAUAGGCGAAGUGCUGGACUUAUCUGGCACAGAUAAGGUCCCACGACCAGCGAAACGCUUGUCGGAAGAGGUCGAGGAAUCGCCAGGUCCAUUGCCUGCUUAUAUGGUACUUACAAGCGAGGGUAUUUUGGGGGCGUGGUGGGUAGUAUGGGACAAAGCUCUGGAAAAAGGCACAAGUUAUCCAGGACUUACGGCUGUCAGUGGUACCGCUAGACCGGCCCCGAAAUUUACAGCCCCGAAGCCUCAGUCUCCAUCUUUGUUCAGUCAGCCAGCAUCGAAUACGCCCAGUGCAAAAACCACUUCACCCUUUACACAACCUUCACCUGGCGCGACUUCAUCUACUCCCACGUUCGGAUCAACAGGGGUCUCUUCUACACCUUUCGGGAAACCAGCACAACCAGCUUUUGGACAAACCAGUACACCAGCUUUCGGGCAACCAAGUAAACCCGCGUUUGGACAACCGAGUACACCAGCUUUUGGACAGCCAAGUAAACCCGCAUUUGGACAACCAAGUACACCAGCUUUUGGGCAAACCAGCAAACCCGCCUUUGGACAAACAAGCCAGCCCGCUUUUGGACAAGCAAGUCAACCGGCGUUUGGUUCCACUUCUCAGAUUGGCGGCACAGCGUUUGGUGCAGCUGGCUCAGCUUCCCAGACAUCCGCGCAGACCAAACCCAAUCCAUUUGGAAGUGCAACGGGGUCGACUUCGGGAUUUGGUCAAUUGGGAUCCGGUAAAUCAAACGCACCAUCGCCUUUCACCAGUUUUGGAAGUGCAUACGGCGGUUCUCCCUUCAACAGUCUUCCCGCGAAACCAGCGUUUUCCGGAACAUCAAAUGGGUUCAAGGGAUUGAGCACCGAGCCAAGUUUCGGCGGCGAGACCAUCAAUCUGACCGACUCAAGGACAAGCUCAUGGGCGAAUACUCCUGGACAACAAUCAGGGUCUGCAUUCAGCUCGUUUGCAUCGAACACCGACUCAAACACCAGUGGUAAGGAGCACACCGACAACAGAGAGCGAGACGAAGCCACACCGACUCCGCAAGCGCCACCGACACAGGCCAAACAGAAUAUCUUCGGCCUUCCCGCUGGAGGCUUCAAACUUGGGAGCACAUUUGCUAAUGAGAAUGCAUCGGCAAAGGGUGCAGACGGACCUGGGACCUCAGGUGGCUCUCUUUUUGACAACAGUUUCACAUCAGCUUUGCCAGGAUCCAACUCAAAAGCCCCUGUAACACCACAGCAAGAAAAGGGGCCCGAGGAGUUUUCUACCACGCCAGCUACUCAGCCAAAGUCGAACCUUCAGUUCCCUGGAGGUAUGAGUACGUCUGCGCCGAAAUCAGAAAAUGAUCUUCCCCCAAUUGCUGGCAGCCCACCUGUACAAGUAGAGGCCCCCAGCUCUUCUGUGCCUUCCUCUCCUCUUCAUAGUGAUGAAGGAGAUGAGGAGGAGUCAGAUGCAGGAUCGGAUGAGGGAGAGGAAGAGGAAGAGGAAGACAGUGAAGAGGACCAGACAGGCGAUAUUUCCGUCGAGGAGCAGGACGACGAAGACGGUGAAGAAACUACAGAGUUUUCACCUUCAGAUGCUGCGCGUAAAUCGCGCCCAGCGCAAUCCGGCUGGUCUUUCCAGGACAGCGCCCACCAGUCACCACGUAUACCCCCUGCUGCUCCGACGCCACCUCCUGCAUUUUCGCAACCCUUCAAACCCGGAUCUACACCCUUUGCGCAACCACCCAAGGGCAGCCCCCUGUCAUUCGGACAAUCGGCAGCACCUAAGCAAUCCUCGCUGUUUGGUGGAUCGAGCAAACCAAACCCAUUUUCAUCUGCAAGCCAGCCCAAGACCGGUCUCCGCCCUUCGAGUGGAAUGCGGGGAGCGUCAGACUCUGUUAUCAAUCAUGUUCGACGGGAGCCCUUACCCGGCUCUGGUUCAUCAUUAAGCGCAUCAAUACAGUACUCGUCAGGAUCCGAAGCACAUGAGCCAGAGGUCACUGAUUUGGUGGACGAUGAUGACGAGAGGAUUCGUCGAGAGCUUGCAAGUGACAUUGUGCCUUGCCGAACUCUAGAUCCAUUCAUUGCACGGCAGGAAUACAACGGGGCCGCCCUCAACAAGACUGGACACGCAGCUCAGAUUGAAAUUUUGUAUAGGGACAUCAACAACAUGGUCGACACAUUGGGACUGAACUUCCGCUCACUCGAAUCCUUCGUAGACUACCACAAGCAGCCCCACCGAGACAAUGACCUAUCCCUGGACGACUUAAGGGCAAUCGAAGAACAAGGCGAAGACGGUCGUUGGUUCGAGGAAUGGACUCAUGCUGAGAUGGACGAUCUGAAGAUACUCGAGAGUCAGCUUGAGCAGCAACUGGACGAAGGCCGAGUGCACUCUGUGUUCGAUAAAGUUAAUCAACUGCACCGACUUACCAUGGACUCAGGAAAGCUGUCGACUAAGAUCAACGGCGUUCGACGUGAGCUCGUUAGUCGCAAGGACCCAGAUAAGCUGGAAGCGAUUCGCAAGGCCCCGCUUCCGAAGGACCUUGCAGAUCACCAGAAGUUACUACGGACUGAGUAUGCUCGUCUACUGACGCUGCUCAGUCAAGCCGAGGAGGCCAUCAUGCUUCUCAAAUCAAAGCUUGCAUCUUACAAUGCAGAACACGGGAAAACGGGUGCUGUGCCAACAGUCGAUGCUAUUAAGAAAACCAUCAACAAGCUCAUCGCCAUCACCGAAAAGAAGAAUAACGACAUCACCCUUUUGGAAUCUCAGUUCCGCAAAGUCGGCCUUGCGAUCCAUAGCCGCCCAACCUCGUCGUCCUCUCGGGCCCUCGGGACGCCUGCGCGGCAGUCUCGCGGGGUUCGAGGCGAAAGCCCCUUUGCUACGCCUCCCGCAAAUCGCAGUCAAGUCAGCUUGAGCAAGCUAAACAGGACAGCACUUACACCAGAAGUAGACGCGACGCCUACUAAAGGAUUCGGGCUCUUCUAUACCCCGGAAGGAUCGCCUUCAGCGGACAGGACGUUGGAACAGCUGGGAGAACUGGAUGACGGAGUUCUAGCGGAACUAAGAGAGAAGGCAAGGCGACGGAGGAAGGCAGCAGACGACCUGGAGGACAUGCUUGUACGAAAAGGAGUGAAGCAGACAAGAGUGCCUUGA